CCCGGUCCCUAAGUGCCACCAGCCCUCUCUGUCCCCAGCCUGGCCGUGACACCAGCUCCAGAGCCACCGCCACCACCCACACGGUGCCCCCGUCCGUGCUGGCGGUGGGGAGCCUGUUGCAGCCAGGGCUGGUGAGCUCUGCCUGCACCGUGCCGGCCUUGGCCGGCAGCGGUGGCAGCUUGGGGAGCCCCAGGAAUGGGCCCCGCUCCCCCAGAAAACGCCGCCUCCACCCCCACAUUUGCACGACGGAGCAGCCCCCGCCGCACGGAGCGGGGACGCCGGAGCGUGGCUCCCCAGCCCCUUCCUUCCCCUUCCCUCCUUCCUUCCGGCUCGGCACGGCCCUCCGGCCCCGCUGCCCUGCCCGCUUCCCCUCCGGCCUCCCCGAUACGAGGCAUCCCCGCCGUGGUCCCCUCCCCGGGCACCGUGCUCCAGCCCCGUGCCAUGCGGGGACCCCGCGUCCCUUCGCCGAGCCGAGGCACGCAGGAGCGGAGCCACCGCGGUCGCCCUGCCCUCGGCUGCUGCUUGCAAUCCUCCCCGCUCCCCGGCGGUGAUUGCAUUUUCUCCCACACCACGAUAAGAAUAAUCCUGGCGGGUGCUUACGUGCCAGCCUGCAAGCACCCAUGGGUGCUGCUCCCCGCCGGCUGAUGUGCACAGCCCCCCCCUUGGCACAGUGCUCGGCUGAAGGUGACCGAGCUGUCACCCUGCCCAAAGCCAAGGACCGCGUGGGGGUGACGAUCCCACCGCCACCAAACCCCUCCUGCAUCGCCGCCUCCCAAACGUCCCUGAGCUGCCACGCGCUCCCUACAGCCACGAGGCCACCGAUGCCCGCCGUGCACGUGCUCCCACGUGCCGCACGCCGCGGCCGCUCGUUCCCCCACGGGGGCACCCCGUGGUCCCCCGCCGCGGGGCAGCCGGGACGGAGCCGCCCGGGCACGGCAGCACAGUUGGGGUGGGAGGAGGCAGGAGGACGCCGCGUGGCCUCAAAGGCGUCGAUGCUGUGGGGCUGCAGCAUCCGCCUCCUGCUCCGGGGUGCCCGGCAGCUUCGGGGCGGAUGCUGGGAUGGGAUGCGGGGGGGGAUCUGCAGCCGUGGGGGUGCCGGCGGGGGCGUGCGUGGGGCCGGGCAUGGCUCCGGGUGCCGCUGCGCAUGUGGAGCGAGUCUCCAUGGGAACGGGGCAUCCGCGUCCCCGCCACGCUCACGCUCGCGUCUGUCUCGUUGCAGGGCCCCCCCCACCCCGUUCCCGGCGGCUCCCUCCCAGCGAUGGGCAUCGGCUGGGCCGGGACCGCGCCGUACCCGUGCCCCUGCCACCCGCCCCCUGCCCCGCGCAGCCAGGCCUGAGCCACCCGCUCCAGCCCCGCGGCUCCAUGGCGAGGACGGAGCCCUGACGGUGGGCGCCCACAGGCCAGGAGGAGACGCCGGGCACGGCAUGGGGAGCCCUUCGGCCACCCUGAGAGCAUCGGCUCGAACGCGGGCCCUGCCGCCGCCCUGAGCAUCCCGACCCCGACCCCCGAGGGCAGGGAGAAGCGGGGGCCUCCCCCCCCGCGAGUCGGCGGCGGUGAAGAUGGUGAUGUCCCAGGGCACCUACACCUUCCUCACCUGCUUCGCGGGCUUCUGGCUCAUCUGGGGGCUCAUCGUGCUGCUGUGCUGCUUCUGCAGCUACCUGCGGCGGCGGGUGAAGCGGCAGCAGGAGGAGCGGCUGCGGGAGCAGAGCCUGCGCGCGCUGGAGCUGGAGCCGCUGCACUACGAGGGUACGGGGGCAGCCCCCCCCGGCAUCGCCGUCCCCCACCGGCUCCGCAUGGAGCCCCACCACCACCACCACCACCACCCCCACAUCCCUCCCCCGCGGCCCUGGAGCUGCCGGCACGAGUCGGACCUGUCGAAGCCGCCGUGCUAUGAAGAGGCGCUGCUGAUGGCGGAGCCCCCCCCGCCGUACAGCGAGGUGCUGAUGGACACGCGCGGGCUCUACCGCAAGAUCAACGCGCCCUUCCUGAGCCACGAGCGGCUGGAGAAGCAGGAGCAGCCCCCCAGCUACAAACCCCUUUUCCUCGACGCCGGCUACGGCUCGGCGCUGCACCUGCCCCGCUCGGCCAGCCCCGGGCCGGCCUGCCCGGACCUUUACCUGCAGGCAGAGUGCUCCCCGCGCAUGUUCCCCAGCUGGACGGACUCGGAGCUCAGCAGCAGGGACACCUACGAGCCGGGGCCGUGGCACCUCCCGGUCUCCAUGCCCCUCUUCGGCAGGACUACGGCCGUCUAGGGGUGGCCCCGGGGGAGCCGCAGCCGCCUGCGGGUGUCCCCCCCCGACGCCGGGGGGGCUCGGCCACCCGCUUUGCCCGGGGACGACGUCCCCAUCGCGGGCCAUCGCCGCCAGCGCGGAAGGGGCUGGUUCCCCGUCUCGCCCCCACCC